AUGCGGGGCCAGGGUGGAUACAGCCGAGGCCAGGGUGGAUACAGCCGAGGCCAGGGUGGAUACAGCCGAGGCCAGGGUGGAUACAGGCGGGGCCAGGGUGGAUACAUGCGGGGCCAGGGUGGAUACAUGCGGGGCCAGGGUGGAUACAUGCGGGGCCAGGGUGGAUACAGCCGAGGCCAGGGUGGAUACAGGCGGGGCCAGGGUGGAUACAGCCGAGGCCAGGGUGGAUACAGCCGAGGCCAGGGUGGAACAGCCGAGGCCAGGGUGGAUACAGCCGAGGCCAGGGUGGAUACAGGCGGGGCCAGGGUGGAUACAGCCGAGGCCAGGGUGGAUACAGCCGAGGCCAGGGUGGAACAGCCGAGGCCAGGGUGGAUACAGGCGGGGCCAGGGUGGAUACAUGCGGGGCCAGGGUGGAUACAGGCGGGGCCAGGGUGGAACAGCCGAGGCCAGGGUGGAUACAGCCGAGGCCAGGGUGGAUACAGCCGAGGCCAGGGUGGAACAGCCGAGGCCAGGGUGGAUACAGCCGAGGCCAGGGUGGAUACAGCCGAGGCCAGGGUGGAACAGCCGAGGCCAGGGUGGAACAGCCGAGGCCAGGGUGGAUACAGCCGAGGCCAGGGUGGAUACAGGCGGGGCCAGGGUGGAUACAUGCGAGGCCAGGGUGGAUACAUGCGGGGCCAGGGUGGAUACAGACGAGGCCAGGGUGGAUACAGACGAGGCCAGGGUGGAUACAGGCGAGGCCAGGGUGGAUACAGGUCUCGAGAGAUUGAAGAAAUUGUUGGCCAGAAAAGUCAAAGAAUUCCACAAGGUGAAACCAUUUACUUGGGAGACUUCUCUGGGGGAGAGAAGGAUUGCUCUCUGGCCCAGAAGCUUAGUUCCAACCUCAUGAUCCCAACCAUGAGGGCUGAGGGCCCCCUAAACCCAAUCAUGAGGGCUGAGGGCCCCCUAAACCCAACCAUGAGGGCUGAGGGCCCCCUAAACCCAACCAUGAGGGCUGAGGGCCCCCUAAACACAAACAUGAAGGCUGAGGGCCCACCUAAACCCCACCAUGAGGGCUGA